AUGGAGAUCUACUAUAUGUACCAGAAGCAGCGCAAGGAGUUUGGACGGCAUGCAAAGUUCUCGGACAGUCCGGCAGAGGUCCUGGUGGACCUGCGUCCGGAACCAGCUCUAGCUGAGAACCACAUGGAACGGAAUCCAUGUGUCACCAAUGUGCAAGUUGUCCCAGAAAUGUCCGAGCACGAGGUUAACACGGAGCGCUUCUCGUUUGGGAGUCAGGGCAUGCUGCACACGGAGGGGGGUUGGCCCAAGGACGUGGAUCCACAGGAGCUGGAGCACACGAUACGCUAUAGGAAGAAAGUGGAGAAGGAUGAAGAUUACAUACGGGCAAUCAAGGUUCUGGGAGAUAAGGUCGAUACGCUAUUGAAACAGAACAACGCGAUCGACAUAUACGAGGAGUACUUCUCCGGCAGCGUCGCCGACCACAGCAGCGAGCAGCCGUACGCCAAGACGCUGACCGUCUUCCGGGAGCCGACGCAGCGCAUCCGGCGCGCGGCGUCGUAUAUCUCGUGGUACCCCGACGGGGCGCGCAAGCUGGCCGUCGCGUAUUCCAUCCUACAGUUCCAGCAAAUGCCGGAAGACAUGCCGACCAGCAGUUACAUCUGGGACAUCAGCAACCCGAAUACGCCGGAAACGGAGCUCACGCCGACGAGCCAGGCGUGCUGCUUAGUCUACAAUCCCAAAGAUCCAAACGUGCUGGCUGCUGGGCUGUACAACGGACAGGUGUCGUACUUUGACACUCGGAAGGGGUCGGCGCCUGUGGACUCGUCCCCAAUCGAACGGUCACAUAGCGAUCCGGUGUACGACGUGGUGUGGCUGACGAGCAAGACCGGAACGGAGUGCGCGAGCGUCAGUACUGACGGCAGCGUCAUGUGGUGGGACACGCGGCGGCUAGGCGAGCCCGUCGAGUCCCUAGUGCUCCAGGAGAAAGGCUCGAACGUGAUAUUGGGUGGUGUGAGCAUGGAGUACGAGGCCGCGGGCGGCGCCGGCAAGUUCAUGGUGGGCACGGAGGAGGGCAUCGUGCUGGCGUGCAACAGAAAGGCGAAACUUGCAACCGACCGGGUUACGGCGAGCUACCAGGGUCACCACGGCCCGGUUUGCGCGCUGGAGCGCAGCCCCUUCUACCCUAAGUACUUCCUCAGCGCGGGCGACUGGACGGCGCGCAUUUGGAACGAGGACCUCCGGACCGCCAUCAUGACAACCAGGUAUCACAGCAGUUACAUCACGGGCGCCACGUGGAGCCCUACGCGGCCCGGGGUCUUCUUCACGUCAAAGAAGGACGGCUCGCUCGACGUGUGGGACUACUUCUACAAACAGAACGACCCCACGCUCACAGUCAAGGUUAUGGACGAGGGCAUCGGGCUGACCUCGUUCCGCGUGCAAGAGUCCGGCAAGAUGCUCGCCGCCGGAGCCUCCGACGGAAGCACCACGCUGCUCGACUUCUGCGAGGGGCUGGCGGUCAUGCAGCCCAAUGAGAAACAGUCCAUCGCCCAGAUGCUCGAACGGGAAACGAAGCGCGAGAAAAACUUGGAGACGCGCGCUAAGGAGCUCAAGAUCAAAGCCAAGAAGGACCAAGCAAAGACGGAGACCGUGACGGAAGCGGAGUCGGUUGAUGACGUCCUCAAAAGGGGACGGUGA